AUGAACGACAACAAGUCUUCUGACUUUUUGGUGACCGCCUACGAAUUUCUAUUGGGGCCUGCCCAUAAUAGUAAUAAUAAUAAUAGUGAUUGGGAACAAGAUGAGAACGCAUGGUCCGGUUACGAUUGGAACUUUAGUGAGUGUGGAACCACCAAUCCUACGCCACGAGAACACUGCGCAACUCUAUUUGUGAAAUACCGAACAAGUGGUGAUGUUGAUGCUGAGAAGUCAAAGAAUGCUAAUUAUAAGAAUCCCAAUGAUGAUGCUCCUGUGACAUCUGCUAUUUUUGGUCCAAUACUAAACGAGGACGAUGAUGACAAUGACCUCAUUCGAAUAUACAAUUCCUCGUCCAAUUUGAACAAUAGUGACGAUGCUGUUGCUGCUGCUGAGAAAGGCAUAGACGACAGCAAUCCUACUCACAAUGAUUCCAGCAAUAAGCCGUCACAGUUCCUGAGAGGAGUCGCCUAUCCCCAAGAAGAUUUGAGGAAUGUUUCCAAUGUCAAUGACGUCAGUACUACUCCUGCUGGUCCAGAAGAAGAAGAAGAAGAAGAGGACCUUAUUACCAUACCUUCUUGGACCAUGGGCGUCUUUCACGUGGCUACCAAACAAGACUACGAGUUUGCUUGUCAGCUAGAAAAGGAAGAUCCAUUCCAUCGAGUGGUACUGAAACACGAGCAGACGAGCCAUUCGAUAUCUCCGAACCUGUUGUACACUGCGGAUCACGAUACUGAUGAUGACGACUCAUCUCAAGCCACCAUUAUGGUUUGUGUUACCACUGGCAUGGCACCAACUGCUGUCUCGCCCGAUGACCAUCCCGAUCGAUUUCUGCAUCAACGUGUAUCGACACGAAUCGAAUUGAAAACUCGAAUGCCAUUGUCCGACCACAAUGAUAAUGAUACCACCGCCAUUACUAUUGCCAAGUGUCACUUGUCCUAUCGAGACGACCAAUGGGAUCCGUGGAUUGGCCCCUGCAUCGAGGCCAUGUCCGUCAAUCCUCAAUAUCGUGGACAUGGUUGGCUGUGGGUCUUGUGGUAUCAAGCGGUCUUUCCGUUUUUGCAGCAACACUAUACCGUUGUUGAGGACAACGACGCCAGUGUUGACAAGGAUAAUGACAAGAACAUCAAAUCAACAUCCAUUCAAGUCCGCGUCAUUCAUUUAUUGGGUUCCGAGUUGGACCAUUAUUAUCAUUCCUCAUCAACAGCAGCAGCAUUAUCAGCGUCAAACAACGACCAAGACAACAAGAAAGUAAUAGUCUGGGACCAGGACUUUUACUUUGGCCAAAUCGGUUUUUCCAUUCUUCCCCGUGGAGAGCGUACGGGAGUGAUGAAUUACCUGCGACCCCAUGACGAUCAAGGAAUUGGAUAUCUUUCACUCAAGAAGGAAGAGACCAAAGGCGGCACGACUUUAUCAUCCUCAUGCUCAAUAUCAUCAUCACCACAUCAUCAGUAUCAUCAUUAUGAAGCAGUAGCAGGUGCGCGCAAUUGUCAAACCUGUGGCAAGAUUACCAAGGAAUGCUUUGCCUGUGGCAAAAAGUGUGGAGGACGAGUGUACUAUUGCAGUACUGCUUGUCAAGAAACCGAUGCCCCUUUUCAUGCACGUUGGUGUGGACUGACACGGAAUCAACUGCAUGAGGUAUUGGUCCAAGAAGGGAGGCGGGUUCAAGAUUCCAAGGGAGAAUGGAGGACCGUAUUGUAA